CAACCUUUUCUCUUUCCUUGUAUCUGUGCUAGAUAUUGUUGAGGCACCCCAUGCAUUACCCUAUUGAAUUACCACCCUUUUAAUGACUAAAGGAGCACGUAGUUGUCUAGUAAGGCAGUCUUGCGAGAGUGGAAGACAUCCAAUGCAAGACAGUUCUAAAUGCAUUUCAGUAAACCCAGGACAGGCAUACACAUGCCCUUAACAAAAUUCCAGCUAUGGAGAUUGCAUCCUUAUGGUGUGGGUGGAUUUGGGUAUGGGGAGCAGGUGUGGUUAUGAGAUCUUUGUUAAACCUGUUAGCAUAAAGAGGGAGAAGAUAGAAACUGCAUAUAGGUUGUAGGCUUGAAAUGCUCCUCUGUUCAUCGUUUGCUGAUUCUUCUAACCUUGAUUCUCCUAGAACAUUUCCCAUCACGAUGAAGACUUUUCUGGUUUUUUUACUCAAUGUUGCAGUUCUAAGGAAUGGUAAUUCUCUGCGUUGUGAAACUUGUGGGAGGGAUGGCACUAGAUGUACGGGAUCAUUUCGGACCUGUAGAGGCCACAAUGACAUCUGUAUUAAAGCAUUACUUGAAAACACAGAUGAGGGAAGACGUCGAUUGAGAACAGAAAUGACCUGUGAAAGGAGCAGAGUAUGUGAAGUGCCUUUGCAAUACCUGAAUACGGGGCAAGGGAGAUAUGAACGGACAAGCGUCGUUUGUUGUCUAGGGAAUGCCUGCAGGAAUGCUGUUCCUCGAUUCCAACCAGGGUUCAUCAAACCCAAUGGGAGGCAAUGCCCAGCCUGCUUAGCCAGUAAGCGCACUGAAUGUGGAUCAGCCAAAGUAAGUUGUUCUGGGGAUGAACUCUACUGCAUCGAAGUACAGCAAUACAUUUGGCAAGGUUCCCGUAAUGUGACUCGCUACAAAAGGGGCUGUGCUACAGGAGGCCUCUGUAAGUUAGCCGGUGCGUCACACAGAACAGAUCGUUCAGCUAAAAACCCUAAACCUAUUUGCUCCCUAGCGCGUCCUAUAGACUGAUAUCUCUCUUGUUUGCCUCCAUUCUUUGACACUGAGUUUGUAUUGGAGGCCACCUGUUAAUUUUCAUUUGAAUCAUUUUUAAGUCACUUUCAAAAAUACAUAAAAUAUGGUUAAAGAAGGGAGGGUAAAUAAGGGUAAAAGAAAAGGAAUGGAUAUAGAAAGGGAUUUUGGGGAGGGAAGAACAGGAAAGGUAAGAUAAAGGAAAAAAGAGGGAGGAGGCACUUUGUGGUCUUUCAUUCUCCUUUUUCUAGGUCUUUUAUUCUGGUUUUUUUUUUCUUUUAUAACCUUGUAGAUUAAUUUACUUUUCUUAUCCCCUUCUCUUCUGUGGGGUCUUCCUUUCUUUAUAUAUUGAUCUAGCUAAGUUCUCAAGAGAAUCUUAAUAGUCUUCGAAUACAUAUUCAUAUAUUCUUGCAGUUUCUCAAGUCGCUCCUGACACACACACAGAAAUUCUUUACAAAGUCUCCAGUCUGUUGAUUUAAUUGGUUUUUCUGUAUGCUUUUUAAUUUAAAAAGUUAAUCUGUUCAUGUCCAGAAUUUCUAACAUUUUAUCCAACCAUUGUUUUUUAAAUGACAUUUCUUCUAUUUUACAAUAUCUGUUAAUUUUAUCAUUUUAAUGUUGUUAACUGAACUCCAUAUAUGGGGAAAAACAUUCCAAUAUGUAACAUGUUUAUAUAAUGUUCACUAAUGCUAAUGCACACUGAUGCUAACUACUACAACAAAUACUGAAAAGGAAUUAUAUGCUAAUUAUAGGGUACAGAAAAAGAAAGAGAAAAAAUAAUUACAAGUUGAUUUCCGUUUUUCGUAUCAGUGGUAUAAAUGCUUUCUUUCCCCAAAACUCACAGAACAUUUCACCUUCUACUGAUUCAUCAAAGCUACAAUUCUGAAACGUGAAAUUACUAUCUCUCUUUGAUGACACCUUCAACAAUUGUUCCUAAACAUCUGUUGUUGCAAUAAACAAAGGGAAAGGGAUGAGUUGUGACUCGACAAGUAAAUGCGAAGGAAGAAAAUGUUAAUGAAAACAGCAGUUUGUUCUUUGAAUGUCUAUUCCUGUUGAUUAAAAUGUUUAAUGCCA